CACGAUUUGUGUGUCUGUUGCACUCGUGUUUAGCGGACUAAAUAAUUAAUUAAUGUGUUGUGUAUGUGAAUGUUUCAAUAAUCUCUUGUUUAUGGACCGUAACAAUGACUACCAGCACUGCAGUGAAGUUUUUUCUGGAGACGCUCCAUCGAUCCGAAUCGAUGGUGUCGAUUUGCUUCCGUUCGUUGACUGGAUUUAUCAGCGAUGAUAACUUUGAAGGCUUCCAGCAAUUCCUGCAGGGGAAACAGGUGCAAAUCGACGAUCGCGAUGAGAAUGCAACGACAGCACUUAUGGUUGCCGCCUCCAAGGGACGUACCCGUUUCGUUCGGGAACUGCUCGAAAUGGGAGCGGAUCCAAAUGCGGCGGAUGCGGAUAACUGGUCCGCUUUACUCUGCGCCGCCAAGGAAGGUCACGCAGAUAUAUGUUGCUUAUUGUUAGAGAACAAUGCCGAAAUAGAACAUCGUGAUAUGGGUGGUUGGACUGCACUUAUGUGGGCUACCUACAAGGGUCACCUGGAUGUACUCAACUUGUUGCUGGACAACAAAGCGGACGUCAACGCGCACGGAAAUUAUCACAUUUCCGGUCUACUGUGGGCGUCAGGUAGAGGAUACACGCAUAUUGUUGAAACAUUACUGCAUCAUGGCGGAAAAGUCAACAUGGGAGAUAAAUACGGCACUACUGCAUUAAUUUGGGCCGCAAGAAAGGGUCACACUGAAAUUGUACGCUUGCUACUAAGAGCAGGAGCAAAUGUUGAUACAGCUGGAAUGUACUCAUGGACAGCGCUCUUAGUCGCGACGCAGGGUAAUCACAUUGAUAUCGUCAAUCUAUUAUUAGAGUACAAACCGAACGUCAAUGCACUGGAUAAGGACGGUUGUUCUGCGUUGACCAUUUCAUGCAAAGAAGGAUAUUAUGAAAUUGCCUCGGCUUUAAUGAGCAGUAAUGCUUAUAUUAACAUACAGGAUCGGUCAGGAGAUACAAAUCUUAUUCAUGCGGUCAAAGGUGGCCAUCGUGGAGUAGUGGAAGCUCUACUCAAAAAGUAUGCAGAUGUAGACGUGGCCGGAAAAGAGCGUAAAACAGCUACAUAUGUAGCAGUCGAAAAGGGCAAUAAUAAUAUUGUGAAAAUGAUUCUAUCUGCUAAUCCUGAUCUCGAAUUAGCCAACAAAGAAGGUGAUACACCACUGUUGAAAGCAGUACGUUGUCGGAAUGCGGAAGUCGUGCAACUACUUUUAGACAAGAAGGCUAAAGUAGGAGCUGCUGAUAAGAAGGGUGAUACCGCGUUACACAUUGCAAUGCGUGCCAGAUCCAAAGCAAUCGUUGAGAUAUUGCUACGAAAUCCAAAACAUAGUCACUUGUUGUACCGACCGAAUCGUGCUGGUGAAACUCCGUAUAAUAUUGAUAUUAAUCAUCAGAAAACUAUCCUGGGACAAAUUUUUGGAGCACGACGAUUGAAUACAAAUGAGGAUAAUGAGAACAUGCUGGGUUAUGAUUUGUAUAGUUCAGCUUUGGCGGAUGUCCUCAGUGAGCCAUCGUUGUCAAUGCCAAUAACAGUUGGAUUAUACGCUAAAUGGGGCAGUGGUAAGUCUUUUCUAUUGAAUAAACUACGUGAGGAAAUGAAGAACUUUGCGAGGCAGUGGAUUGAUCCGGUGUUCCAGUUUACGCCGUUAUUGUUUCUUAUAAUCUUACACGUUGCACUUAUAGUAGGCACUAUUGUUGGCCUAUCCGCAUUUGAUUGGCGAUCGGGUUUGAGUGUUGGGCUUGGAGUUUUGUUUGUUUCGUAUAUAAUAUUAGCAUUCGUGUGGUUUGCAAGCAAACGAUACGAUUGGGAUUGGCCGUAUAAUUUCAACACGAAACUCACAACAAAAAUGAAUAACUUGAAGCUGAUACUACAGAUAUUAUUCUGUCAUCCUCCGGGAGCACCGUCACAUGAUUCGAUAUCAGCACAACCGAUACGGUUUUAUUUCACUGACCAGACAAGGAUGAGCAGUACCACAAGCGGGGAGAAUUCGGUGGUACAAAUGAUUGGUUCAUUAUAUGAUGCGAUCGAGAAUGAUUAUGGAUCGGUUGUGACUCGUUUAUAUCGUGCUUUUAAACCGAGAGCACUAAAAUCAUCGUCAACAUGGCGUUGGAGGAAACUAUGCUGUUUACCCUAUGUUAUUGUGUUUGAGACAAUGUUUAUCUUCUUUUUGAUGGGCAUUAGCGCGCUGGUAGUGUUUUUGUUUCAAUACAAUCAACAGCAGAGUAAUACUGAAGAAAUUUCUGGGUUUAUGACACUGCAAGUUAUUUUAAUACUUGCGGCGUUUAUGCUUGGAAUAUCAGUGUUGGCUAAUUUGUAUACGUGGAGUAAAAUGUUUGGAUCGUUGAUAUUCUCACAGCGACGCCAUUUGCAACGAACCAUUUCAAGACUGGAUACACUGAAAUCAGAAGGUUUCUUACAAGCAUUGCGAUAUGAGGUCAAUCUAAUGAAAGAUAUGGUGAAAUGUCUUGAUUCGUUGUCCUCACAACAGACACGACUAGUUAUUGUUGUGGAUGGACUUGAUAGCAGUGAACAAGACAAAGUUCUACUUGUUUUGGAUGCAGUGCAUAUGUUAUUCUCAGAUGCGAAUUCACCCUUUAUUGUAAUUCUUGCAAUUGAUCCGCAUGUCAUUUCGAAAGCCGUGGAGAUGAAUUCACGGAGAUUGUUUAGUGAGAGUAAUAUUGGCGGCCACGGUUAUUUAAACAAUAUGGUACACUUGCCGUUUUAUUUGCAAAACUCUGGAUUGCGCAAGUUUAAAGAAGCACAGAAGACUGCGUUAGCCCAUCGAAAGAAUGCCUUUCAAUCGGCAUCAAAUGAUGAUAGUUUGAGUGUUACCGGUCGUUCUUUAUCUGCUCGUCGACUUUCAUCUGAAAACGCGCUAAUGUCAUCCACGGAAAAACUAUCGACUAAAUUUGGCGGGCGUAAAGGAUCUCGUAAAUUGAAGGGAUCUGAGUCGAUUGCGAGUUCGAUUGGAUCGAACCUGAAUCGUAUUGGAGGCGCGCAGGAUCUCACAAAAAUGCUUCUCACAGAUGACUACUUUAGCGAUGUGAAUCCAAGAUCCAUGCGACGAUUAAUGAACGUUGUGUAUAUUACGGGCAGACUCCUCAAAGCAUUUCAGAUUGAUUUCUCCUGGUAUCGCCUGGCAUCUUGGAUUAAUAUUACUGAACAAUGGCCGUUUAGAACAUCCUGGAUUAUUUAUCAUUACGAUUUGUAUGAGGAGUCUAUGGAGGAUAACUUUUCCCUCAAAGCCGUUUAUGAUAAGGUGCGUCCAAAUAUUCCUACAAUGAAAGAUGUGGAACCCUUAUUGGAACUGGACCGUGACGAGCGCAAGUUUGACUUCUUCCUCACAUAUCACAAAUCAACCUUGUUGAUCAGUGAUUUAAAAAUCUUUUUGCCUUUUACUAUCAAUUUAGAUCCGUAUCUAAAGAAAGUUAUUAAAGAAGAAACGCAGGGUUAUAAUGAUACCUCGCACAUGGUGACACCGUAUCGUAAUAUGAACAUUCAUCAAAAUGUUUCGUGGCCGCCACAGAGUGCAUCAGAUUGGACGGCCCAACGACAUCCUUUGUCACGCCGACAGCGAUCUAUAAAUCGCACUCAGGCACCGGCACCUUCAAUGCCGAUAGCAAUGCCCAUGUAUCCACAACAACCGUGGCAACCUUGGGGUGACCAUCUUGUCAUGCACCAAGCAUCCCCAAUUCCGCAGUACCCAAUCUCAACUUUGUCCCCAGACUUUUUGGAUUCGAAAUUGUCUGCUAUGAAUGUCGAAGGUGUUUGUAAGAUACUAGAAAAAAUGCAUGAGUUUUCUCCAGAUGCCUUGAGAGGCUAUCAGGAAAUCGUCCGCAGGAACAACGUAAAUGGACGUGUCCUUUUGCAUUGUGAUUUGGAGGAGUUAAAGAAAUUGUUGAAAAUGACAUUUGGCGAUUGGGAAAUGUUCAAAGUGGUGGUUGUUUCACUAAGGGAGCAUGAAUUGACUCAAAUUGUACGGCAGGAUGAGGCGAAAAAUGUCAGGUUUUCUAUUGGUACUAAUCAGUUGCCCAGUGGAAAUCAUCAGGAAAGAAAAGGAUCCGCUAAAGGGGAUCGUGAUCGUGAGGAAACUAAAAUUCAAAAUGAUGCAGCGACUCAGCGAACAAAACAAAGCGUAAUUGAGAAACAGGUAACCCUGGAGGAACAAAUGAUAUGCGGUGCACUGCAAACGUUGAACGAGGAAGCGUGCGAAGAUGUGCUUGAAGAAACCGAGGAGAAUCCUGAACUGAUGGACGGCGACAUUCCGCGCACGUUUGUCAUCCAUCCCAGUCCAGACAGCUCACAAGAAGGAAACGAGACCGUUCGGUCACGUGCGAAUAGCGCGUGUGGUUUCGGCGAAACGGACUUCGUUAUCCUGCAGUCCUCACCAAUCGGAAGUUGGCAACCAGUGACGAUUUCGAUUUCCGGUCAGUCGGAACCAAUCAGUGGCGAUAGUUCACGCUGUAGUAGCCCACAUUUAUCACCAGUAGCGGAACGUCGAAGUAGCAGCAUAAAGCUAAACAAUCUUAAAAGCGACCCCAAUGUGGCGAACAAACAGCCGAAGCACGUCGUGAUUAAACAAACGACCCCAGAUCCUACCAAGCCUAAUAAUAAAAACACCGUAGUAUAUUACGAUGUCAAAAAACAACGGCCUACGAGUCUGGUACUAAAGGACACAAAGGUGCCGUCGAGAAACCGCUCCAAGUCGAUCGACACAACACGACGACAUCAUAAAAAAUCAUUCGAGCAUAUACUCAAAGAAAAAUACUUGUACUCAAAUCCAGAACUCAACGACGCGAGCGACAAUGAAAGUACCCCGUUGGUAUCGGAUAAUUCUACACCAACCAAAUCGCCUGGUUUCGUACAGUGCCAGUCGCAAAGCUCUAACAGUUUAGCUCUCUCAAUGGCGUCCUUCCAAAGUUGCUCACCGGAGCGCAGCGCGAAGACUUUGGACGGAAACUUUUCAGAUUCCAGUUGCUCGCCCCCACAUAAGACACGCAUGCUUAGCGCGAGUAAUGUCAGUAUUUACAGUCGCAAUUCAAUCAGCUCUCUAAGUAGGCAGGACGCAAUUGAAUCGGCCGAAAAUUUAGCGGACGUAUAUUGCGAUCCGCAAAAUAGGGAAUAACCAGUAAUAUUUUUAGGAGUUUUUUUUAACCCGACUUUAUUUUAACUUUUAAUUGAGGCGUUAUAUUUAACUCUAACUUAAUAUUUAUGUGGAUAUUUUAAUUACAGACUGUUAUAUAACUUUUUAAACUUA